AUGUCCUUAAGGAAGAAGAAAAGGCAAAUUAAGUACCCCUUUGGAUCAAGCCAACACAGAAAGAUCUUUCCUGCUGCCCACCCCCUAACUUUGUUGGGGCACAAGUUCCUUCCUCUGAGAGGAGCUCCCCACAGAGGACCUGGAUGCUACUUUUCAGAGGAUGAUGUGACACCUUACCCAGGCAUGUACCAGCCAAUGUAUCCUCGGGAACAAAAACACAAACAAAGUUUUGCUCCAUUUAAUACCUUGUUGCCUCGAUUUAGGACAUACUCAAAGGACGCUUGUCAUCCUUGCCCUGGUACGUACAACCCAGAGAAAAAGUCACCCCCCAAAGUUACCUGGCCUAUGAAAUUUGGAUCCCCAGAUUGGGCUCAGGUUCCAUGUCUACAGAAAAGGACUCUAAAAACUGAGCUGUCCACAGAUAAAGAUUUUAGAAAGCAUCGGAACCGUGUGGCCUACCUAAGCUUGUAUUACGAUUGA